AUGGAGGUGAGGAUGAGAUCUCCGCCAUCUCUCUCGCUCUCUCUCUCUCUCUCUCACUCUCACUCUAUUCAUUCUCCUCAUCUCUGAGAUUCUUCGCUCUUAUGGGUGCUUGUGAUCUCCGGAAAGGACAGCGUGUCCUCUUCCGGAGAUGGAGGGAGAACAUGGGCCCUGGGGGGGGCCUAAGAACGUCUGGUUCUUCUCCGAUCGAGGGGGGUUUCUCUGUCAUGGCUUCUGCCGGGCCAAGACCCGCCCUACGUGUUCCGCUCCUCUCUCCAACUCUUAUUCUCACUCUAACCAAAACUGGGUUUCCGCGGAAACGCAGACGGUGGAGUUGAAGGUGGAGAUGGUGGCGAUUCACGAGAAGAGGGUGAGGAGGUGUCUCUCCAAGAUCAAGGGUAAGAUCUCUCUCUCUCUCUCUCUCUCUCUCUCUCCUGAACGGGGGAAUUAGAGGUGCGAUCGCCAACUCCGCAGGGAUUGAGAAGGUGGAGGUGGAGGGGACAACGCAGAAGGUGGUGGUGACGGGGUGCGCCCACAGGAACAAGAUCCUGAAGAGCCUGAGGAGGAGCGGCCUGAAGGCGGAGCUAUGGUCCGCCCACAACGAGAUCCUCCUCAACGCCUACGCCGCCGGUGGCUACGGCGGCAGCGGCGGCGGCAGCAGCGGCUUCGGGAUCAACCACUUCAGUUUCUUUUAA